AUGGAACCCUCUAACCCCUCCUGUCCAACCAGCCCGCCACCAACCCAUCAUCAAAAAAAAAUUACACCGUCCGCCUUGCCCACCAUGGCUCCAACCUCCAACGAUGCGCUAGGCGAGGAUCUUGUAUGGUUCCAGCUUGAGGAGAUUGUGUUGCAACACGACCAGCUGGUCAAGAACCUCGACUGGAAUCAGAAAAACUUCCUACUUGUUGCUUGGUCGCCACCCGUUGCCAAUGUCAACCACAGCUCAAUCCAACAGCCUGUCACGCUGCGGGACACGAGUCCAUCCGUUGCCGACGCCACACAACGCUUGGGGUCCACCGGCGACAGCAACAUCGGCAGUCAACUCCAAUUCCAGCGCCUAUGCUCGAGCAAUGAGCUCCAACUAGAAGAACUAAUGGGAGUCCUGCCUGAGGCUUGCUGA